AUGAGUCGUUCCUUCUCUUCUGGACCGCCAGGAGGCGAACACGAACUUCGUGGACAAGGUGUUAGACUUUCUACAGGUAUACCAAGCAGCAGUGCAGCCCCUAGCAGUGCGCCAAGCCCUUCGCCAUCUCCACCAAUCCCUUCCUUGGCUACUGGGCCAGCGGAAGGAGGAGAAGAAGAAGCGCGUCCAGAAGGUUCGAGGCAGCCCACAGAUACAGGAAGCAGCAGUGCAACACCCGGCAGCCCACCAACACCUCCAGGAAGCCCACCUGCAAUAAUGAGUCGUUCCUUCUCUUCUGGACCGCCAGGAGGCGAACACGAACUUCGUGGACAAGGUGUUAGACUUUCUACAGGUAUACUAAGCAGCAGUGCAGCCCCUAGCAGUGCGCCAAGCCCUUCGCCAUCUCCACCAAUCCCUUCCUUGGCUACUGGGCCAGCAGAAGAAGGAGACGGGGAAGCGCGUCCAGAAGGUUCGAGGCAGCCCACAGAUACAGGAAGCAGCAGUGCAACACCCGGUAGCCCACCAACACCUCCAGGAAGCCCACCUGCAAUAAUGAGUCGUUCCUUCUCUUCUGGACCGCCAGGAGGCGAACACGAACUUCGUGGACAAGGUGUUAGACUUUCUACAGGUAUACCAAGCAGCAGUGCAGUACCUAGCAGUGCGCCAAGCCCUUCGCCAUCUCCACCAAUCCCUCCCUUGGCUACUGGGCCAGCGGAAGGAGGAGAAGAAGAAGCGCGUCCAGAAGGUUCGAGGCAGCCCACAGAUACAGGAAGCAGCAGUGCAACACCCGGCAGCCCACCAACACCUCCAGGAAGCCCACCUGCAAUAAUGAGUCGUUCCUUCUCUUCUGGACCGCCAGGAGGCGAACACGAACUUUCAAGACUGUGA